AAUUGAAAAUUCCGCAAUUGGUUACCGCAUUGGGAAAUGGUCGCGCUUAACUCAAAUUACUUAAGCCUCUAGAUAAAGAAAAGCGGAACCAUCUUUCCUUUGUACCGUUUGUGUAUAUAUAUAUCUGGUGAAUAUCUCUAGUGAAGAUGUAUUUGAUAUAGAUAGAGGUAUAGAACGGUAUUAUCAAGAUGGUGAAUAGUCAAGACUAUGCCUUUUAUGUGCUUGUGCUAGCAUUUGGAGCUACGAUAACAUUGUCAAUACUUAGAUUAUUCAAAUUAUAUAAUUUCAAUGCUAAACAUAAAUCAAUCCUAGUAAGGAAGUUCCCUCCAGUUGGAGAUGAUUUCAGUUGGCAAGAUACUAAACCAUUACCUAUAAGGCCAUUUGUGAAAAAGAAGAACUUCAAUGUGUCGAUGAAUUUACUGAAUUUAGUUAAAACUCCUCAAGAUUGGUUAUUAAUUGAAGAUACUUAUUUAAAACAAACUCAAUUAAGAAAGAAGUUUACUGAAUUAUAUCCAAACAAUACUUUAUUAAGUUAUGAUAAUGACAUCACUACUGCUGCGGUUAAGGAGUUUUAUGAGAUUGUUACUAAUUACUUUUUAACUCGGUAUCCUCAAUACUUCAAGUAUAAUUGGUAUAAUGGAAUGAUUAAGAAUUUAAUUAAUGAUGAAGAAUUCCCUAAAUAUGCUAAGAACUAUACUCCUCAUCAAUUAAUUUUAUACUUGGCAGCUAAUAUCGAAGAAGAUUUCCUUAUUCUUAUUAAAGAUGAUCCUAAUAAUCAUGAUGAAGAAUAUAUUCUUCGUGCUAGUGUCACUGGAUUCCCCGCGGGAUUUGAUCCCAGUCAUGGUCAUAAUAAACCAAUCUCAUUCAUUCAUGGUCCUGUACCCCAAUAUGAAAAUCGAUUAAAAUUAUCCAUGGGGAAGUUUUUUAAUAAUUUGCAACCGAAAGAUCUUUGGGUAAGACAUAAUUGGUCGGUUCAAACUCAUAAAUCUUAUUUCAGUCUUGAUUCAAAUCAUGGUCGUAAAGGUGAAGUUAUAAAACAACUUUCCUAUGAUGAAAUUGAUUUCGAUGAUGCUUGUUUCUUAAGAGUUGAACGUCAAAUCUUUACCAGAUUACCUAAACUGAGAGCCAAUAUUAUGACAGUCAGAACAUACUUAACUCCUAUGAAACAAAUUAAAGCUGAAGGAUUAGGUGAAGAGUUAUCAAGAGCUAUUGAUAGUUUACCUGAUGAUUUAGCCUUUUACAAAAAGAGAGCUGCUUGGGGCGAAGCAGUUAAACAAUUCUUAAAUAAAGAAGAUAAUUUUAAUGAAAAAGUUACAUAGAUAAAGGGAAAUUUAUAGAUCUUAAGUUAAUAUAUAAAAAUAAAGUGGAGAAAUAUAGAAUGUGUCUUGAAAUUUUUUUUUUAAUUUUUUUUAAAUUUUCAGUUCUUUUAAUCGUAGAAUUUUUUUUAAAUCAUAAUAAUAAACAGCAACAACAGUAGCAAAUGGAAAGUUAAACCUAUUCGCUUAAUUUGACGUAAUUGGCAGGGAAUAAACCACUUUCACCUGAAGUUGAAUGUUUUCCAGACCACCAAUCUUCAUCAAUGAAUUCAAUUUCAACAAUCAAAUCACCUUCUUUAAAUUCAAUUUCAUUAUCUUCAUCUCUUUCA